AUGGCAAUGAAAGCUGUAGUCUUCCGGGGCGCUUUUGAUGUUGGUGUUGAGACGAAAGCCAAGCCGACUAUUCGCGAUCAAACGGACGCUAUUGUAAAAGUCACAAUAGCUGGAAUAUGUGGAAGUGAAUUGCAUAUGUAUCGUGGCCACCAGAAGACGGCCACUGGUCAUAUUAUGGGUCAUGAAUUCAUUGGAACCAUUGAUCAAAUAGGCUCAGAUGUGAACAGAUUUGCAGUUGGCGAUGAAGUUGUUUCCAUAUUCUCGCCCGUCUGUCUGAGAUGUUGGUAUUGUAAACAAGGUCUUACUAACCGAUGUGUCGAGGGAGUCGCUUUUGGGACCCAAAAGCUCGAUGGCGGGCAAGCUGAGUUUGUGAGAGUACCUUUUGCGGAUGGCACUCUACACCUUGUACCAGAAGAUUUGGAUAGGUCUCUGCUCAUCAUGAUGUGCGACAUCUUUCCGACAGGUUAUUAUGGGGCCAGUCGGGCUAUUGAAGGUUUACAAAACCAAUUACAAUCGCCACUGACAAGCUUUCAUAAACAAAAAUCGAUUUCGAAUGGUCAAAAUGGGGACGCAAAUGGUGAUCAAUCUCUUGAUCCUCUCGGGUCCUCAGUCGUUGUUUGCCUCGGUUGUGGACCUGUCGGUAUCUGUGCCAUUGCCACUGCUCGAUCAAAAGGGAUUCAGACCGUUUUGGCAGUGGACAGUGUCGAUGACCGCCUGGAAGAAGCUGCUCAACUAGGCGCAAUUCCGCUCAACUUCUCCAAGCACGAUAUCUUAGAAGAAGUCAAGUCCCGGACCCAAGGUCGGGGAGCAGACGCCGUCAUCGAAGUGGUAGGCAACCCAGCAGCUCUCAAGUCUGCCUUUGAGUUGUUGCGUCCAUGUGGAAUUUUAUCUUCAGUGGGCUUUCACCAAGAUGAUCUUCCAUUCACCGGGCUGGACUGCUAUCUGAAAAACAUAACUAUGAACUUUGGUCGGGUUCCAGUUCGUACAGUCUUCAAUGAUGCACUGCAAUGUCUGAGGGAGAACCAACAUGCAUUAAAGAAUUAUGUUACUCAUGAAUUAUCGCUGAAUGAUGCUGCUCUCGGUUAUGACUUGUUCGAAAGGAGGGUUGCAAGAAAAGUAAUACUACAAGUCUAA